UACUGUUCCACCAUCAGAUGUUCUACUUUUCAUCCAUUAGCUGUUCCACUGUUCCCCCAUCAGAUGUUCUACUGUUCCACCACAAUAUGUUCCACUGUUCCACAAUGUCUGUUCCACUGUUCCACCAUUAGAUGUUUUACUGUUCCACCAUCUCUGUUCCACUGUUCCACUAUCAGAUGUUCUACUUUUUAUCCAUUAGCUGUUCCACUGUUCCCCCAUCAGAUGUUCCACUCUUCCACCAUCAGAGGUUCUACUGUUCCAUCAUGAUUGUUCCACUGUUCUAUCAUCAGAUGUUCUACUCUUCCAGCGUCAGAUGUUCUACUGUUCCAUCAUCUUUUUUCCACUGUUCCUCCAACUGUGAUGUACUAUUUUACCAUCUCUCUUCCUCUAUUUCUUACUCUGAUGUUUUACUCUUUUACCACAUCUGUUCCACUGUUCCACCCAUUUUUCCACCGUCAGAUGUUCCACUCUUCCACCAUCACAGGUUUUACUCUUCCACCACCGCUGUUCCCUUGUUCCAUCAUCAGAUGUUCCACUGUUCCAGCCUCAUCUGGUCCACUAUUCCACCAUCUCUGUUUCACUGUUCCGACAUAAGAUGUUCAACUGUUUAACCAUCUCUGUUCUACUGUUCCACCAUCAGAUGUUCCACUGUUCCACCAGCAGAUUAACUACUGUUAACCAUUUACUGUUCCACUGUUCCACUGUUCCACCAUCAGAUGUUACACUGUUUUACCAUCACAUGUUCACUGUUCUACCACCAGAGGUGCUACUGUUCCACCAUGAUUGUUUUACUGAAAUCAGAUGUUCCAAUGUUCCAGCAUCACAUAUUCUACUUCUCCAUCAUCAAAUGUUCUACUGUUCUACCAUCUCUGUUCCACGGUUUCACCAUCAGUUGUUUCACCGUUCCACCAUCAGAUAUUCUACUGUUCCACCAUCAGGUGCUCCAGUUUUCAACCAUCAGAUGUUCCACUGUUCCACCACCAGAUGAUCUACUGUUCCAUAUUAUCUGUUCCACUGUUCAACCAUCAGAUGUUCCACUCUUCCACCAUCAGAUGUUCCACUGUUCCACCACCAGAUUUUCCACUGUUCCACCAUUAGAGGUUCUAAUGUUCCACCAUGAUUGUUCCAUUGUUCCAUCAUCAGAUGUUCCACUGUUCCAGCAUCAGAUGUUCUUCUCUUCCACCAAUAGGUAUUCUACUGUCCCACUAUUAGGUGUUCUAAUGUUCCACCAUCUGUGUUCCACUGUUUCACCACCUCUGUUACGCUGUUCCACCAUCAGAUGUUCCACUGUUCCAGCCUCAUCUGGUCCACUAUUCCACCGUCUCUGUUUCACUGUUCCGACAUAAGAUGUUCAACUGUUUAACCACCUCUGUUCUACUGUUCCACCAGCAGAUUAACUACUGUUCACCAUUCUCUGUUCCACUGUUCCACCAUCAGAUGUUACACUGUUUUACCAUCACAUGUUCACUGUUCUACCACCAGAGGUGCUACUGUUCCACCAUGAUUGUUUUACUGAAAUCAGAUGUUCCAAUGUUCCAGCAUCACAUAUUCUACUUCUCCAUCAUCAAAUGUUCUACUGUUCCACCAUCUCUGUUCCACUGUUUCACCAUCAGUUGUUUCACCGUUCCACCAUCAGAUAUUCUACUGUUCCACGAUCAGGUGUUCCAGUUUUCAACAAUCAGAUGUUCCACUGUUCCACCACCAGAUGAUCUACUGUUCCAUAUUGUCUGUUCCACUGUUCAACCAUCAGAUGUUCCACUGUUUCACCAUAAGAUGUUCCACUGUUCCACCACCAGAUGUUCCACUGUUCCACCAUUAGAGGUUCUAAUGUUCCACCAUGAUUGUUCCAUUGUUCCAUCAUCAGAUGUUCCUCUGUUCCAGCAUCAGAUGUUCUUCUCUUCCACCAUUAGGUAUUCUACUGUCCCACUUUUAGGUGUUCUAAUGUUCCACCAUCUGUGUUCCACUGUUUCACCACCUCUGUUACGCUGUUCCACCAUCAGAUGUUCCACUGUUCCACCAUCUCUGUUCUACUGUUCUAACAUCAUAUCUUUCGCUGUUUCACCAUCACAUGUUCCGCCGUCCCACCAUAAGAUGUUACACUGUUCCACCAUCAGCUUGUCUACUGCUGCACAUUGUCUGUUCCACUGUUCCACCGUCAGAUGUUUCACUGUUUCACUAUCUCUGUUUCACUGUACCACCGUCAAAUAUUCUACCGUGCCACCAUCAGAUGUUCCAUUGUUCCUCCCUCAGAUGUUCCACUGUUCCACCAUCAGAGGUUCUACUGUUCCACCAUCAUUGUUCCACUGUUCCAUCAUCAGAUGUUCCACUGUUCCACUGUUCCACCAUCAGAUGUUUUACUGUUCGACCAUCUCUGUUCCACUCUACUAC